GGCUCGCUUGAGGCGGAAUAAAGAUGAGGCAGCUUAUCCAAAACAAAAGGAAAAUGAGAGGCUGCUUAUAGAUUCAGCAGAAACAAAAACAAACUCAAACUCCGCAGACACAGUAAACUUACAAGCCAUGUCUCUUCAUCUUUCCCCUUUCGUAUUUACGCCAUCAUCUUCAUCUUUCACCAUGCUUACUCCUGUUGCGAGGCUGCCCUUGAGAGGCAUUGAUUGGAAAGCAAGAUUGAAUUGCUAUGGAAUUGGGUUCCGUAAUCAUAUCAUCCGCGGCCAAAGGGACGCCAUUAUCGCGAAUGCUUCUUUGGACGUUGAUGGAACAGCUCCUCCAACCGAGGUCCCCGCAGAGGAGAAGCCUGUGGCAGUUGGCAAACUACCUUUGGAGUCGAAACUUCAAGAGAGAGCGGAACAGAAAUUGAAGAUGAAACUGGCCAAGAAGAUUAGGCUUCGGAGAAAGAGGCUUGUUCAGAAAAGGAGAUUGCGAAAGAAAGGAAGAUGGCCGCCUUCCAAGAUGAAGAAGUUGAAGAAUGUCUGACCUUUUUGGCUGAUUCCUUUGCUUUAAACUGUUUUUUCGGUUGCCAAUUUUAGUUUUGGAUAAAUUAUGUUCAUUGUCUUGUGGAUUAGUUUCAAUGGCAUAGGCUGCAUUUUAUCGAA